AUAUUAAUAGCCAUUACUUUUCAUCACAUUGUGCUAGGAUCCUUUCCACCCUUUACUUCUGCUAAAAAAACACAAAGAAAAAAUUUGAACUGAGUUUAACUGAAAUUUUUUAAACACCCUCCUGGUGGUCACUGGAUCUACGGUUGAGGUUUUGCUUCCCCCUUGUGGAGAAGGUGUGCACAGCAACACGCAGAGCACUCAUGACCUGCUAGCACUUGAGUGAGACUGUGAAGAAGACACCCAGUGGAUAUCAGACUGCCCAAAUAACUCAGCACGGUGCUAUUUUAUUUGUCUGGAGAAGAAUAGUUAAAUUAAUCUAGCCCUUUAUUCCAAAGCAUUCAUGGUAUCAGUCUACGUGCUGGCCAACCUAUUAUUAGUGGAUGACCCACUGUACCUCAAAGCCACACAAGGAGCUCUUAGCAUUAUUAAAAGACACGAGUAAUGCCAGUUAUCACAUGCGACUAAGAAAAAUCAGGUCUUUCUACCCGGUUGGUGUUAUUUUACUAUUAGGUUAUCUAUUCUUGCUUCUCCACUUGUAAAAGUUUGUAGUGUAAGUGGAGAUCUGACUCUGGAUCAGUAAUAUUUGAAAAACAGUAAGUUCUAAUAUCAAAAUGUUAUUCUCUAUAUAUUAUGAGUCAUUAAAGUUGUUUUUGCAUAACAUACAAUAACAAUGUCAACUUUUUGGCAAAUUUUCAAACAUUACAUGCAAUAGCUGCUGCUGUUUUAUAGCUGUUAGACGUUUUAUGGAGGAAAAAAAUAUGUUUUAGUGUGUCAUUAUUCUAUGCUUUUUAAAAUAUUUUAGAUUUUUGGUUUUGGGUAGAGGCAGAAUGGUACAGUGUGCAUUUUUAAAUGAUAAAAAUUAAAACGCUGUACAAUGAAUAUAUUAGUUAAAUUUAACAACAAAUUAAAUGUAAAAUUAAUUAAGCUUAAAAAAAAACGUAUGAGACUGGGCUUCGAUGUAGGUGGAGGUUUAAGGGUGGUGGUUGUGCAUCGACUGCCUGUAUUCGGUGAAAAACAUUACAGUAUUACUAUUUCCAUGUAAACUUAAGUUAACAAACAACCAAACUUAGACAACAAAACCCCACCCAGUUUGAUAAGGGCGCCUUCAUUGGCCCGCGCGUCUGUAAAUCCGUUCCCUCUUUAUUUGGCGCAUGCCAUUGGUCGGCGGUGACGACAAUCCUGAAACGUGCUCCCGCCCACCGAGCGGAUCAAGUUUGAAUGAACAGCAGCAGUCUGCUCUGGAGGUGGUAGUUGCAUUUGCAGUAAUUAUUAAAAGUGUGUAUCGUAUCACGGGGUGAGCCUUUCGAGGAUGGACAUGAAGAAAAGAAUUCACCUAGAGUUGCGGAACCGCACUCCGUCAGACGUCAAAGAACUAGUGCUAGACAACUGUCGCUCAAAUGAAGGCAAGAUCGAGGGUCUAACAGACGAGUUUGAGGAGCUGGAGUUUCUAAGCACAAUCAAUGUUGGUCUGACGACAGUUGCCCACUUGCCGAAGCUAAAUAAACUCAAAAAGCUUGAACUCAGCGAUAACAGGAUCUCAGGAGGGUUGGAAGUUCUGGCGGAGAAGUGCCCCAACCUCACACAUCUAAACCUCAGUGGCAACAAGAUUAAAGACCUCAGCACAAUAGAACCACUGAAAGAACUGGGGACCCUGAAAAGCCUAGAUCUGUUUAACUGUGAAGUGACAAACCUGAACGAAUACAGAGACAACGUGUUCAAGCUAUUACCCCAGCUCACGUACCUGGAUGGGUACGACAAAGAUGACAAAGAGGCACCCGAUUCUGAUGCUGAGGUCUAUGCAGAGGGCUUGGACGAUGAUGAGGAAGAUGAAGAUGAUGUAGAUGAUGAGGAGUAUGAUGAAGAUGCAGCACCGGGAGAUGAGGAGGAGGAGGAAGGAGAGGACGAGGAAGAGGAGAAUGAAGAAGAAGAAGAGGAAGACCUCAGUGGAGAGGAGGAAGAGGAGGAUGAUUUGAAUGACAGAGAGGUUGACGAUGAAGAUGAUGAAGAAGAGCGAGGUCAGAAGAGAAAAAGGGACCUGGAUGAAGAAGGGGAGGAAGAUGAUGACGAUUGAGAGUCUUCUUUAAGCUAAGUUGUGAACUGUUUUUAACUUGUAUCUCCCAGUCACUUCCCAACAGCCCCCAUGUAUUUUUUCCCCUCAGUUUCAUAUUGCAGUAGGAGUGGGGUUUUUUGUUAUUGGCCAGUCAGGUAGACGGGUUUUCCUGAAGGGAAAGAAAAGGUUACAUUUGUGUACCUUUGACGCCCCCGUGUUCCAGUCUUUACUGUCCACUUUUAACUGCUUCGUGGACACCAGUUUUGUAAUAUCAAAUAAUAGCAAAUAUAAACCUUUUUGAGAGAUGUUUUUGUUUCCUCACUGUUUGUGUAAGACCAAUUUCUGAUGUAUUUUAAGAUCGCCCCAAAAAGAAGAAAAAAAAAGAUAAAAUCAAACAAAACAACAAGAAAAAAAAAAGAGUGCAUGUCUAAUACAUUUUAAAGUCAACUACUGGAUUCAUGUAUGGCUGUCCUCUCCUCGUCUUAAACUUAUUGUUAUUAUUUUUUAAUUGUAUUUCUUUUCUUCUUUUUUUUUCUUUUUAAUGUAAGUUAUGUGUUUGUAGUGUCACCAGUAUGCCAAUACUCUCUGCUGUCCUGGUGUGAAACUUCUGUCUGAACAUGCACAGUGUGACCCUCAUGGGACAUAUUUUUAAAUCCUAGCAAAAAAAUGUCUGCCCUUGUCAAAGCUGCUCCUCCUCCUCUUAAACCCUCAGCUUUGAUAGUUCGGAAAUUACGUGUUCUUGUAAAUAAUGACCAAAUCUAUUUUUUUGUAUUCUCUUUGAUGACGGCAGACAUUGAACAGACAACUGAGGUGAAACUAUGAAUUGUAAUAAGAUAUUAAAUAUGUAUGCUGCUUUAUCUAAGAAUACGCAGUGUGAAAUUUCUUGAAUUUGAACAUAACUUUGUAUGCAUCAUCUUUCCAUAAGGACAAAACAUCAGAGCUCAUUAUUGCUUUCUUUGCCCCCCCAUGUUCUUUUCUGUGACACACACAGAUGGCAAUGUUUGAAUUUUGUGCUGGUGGUGUAGAGAAGUGCUUGAUUAUAAAUGGAGGUUACAGCCACAACGUAUGUGCAUCGAAAAUUUAUUGUUGCAAAAUGUAAACUCUGGAAAACAGUCAGCUGUUUGGACUUUGUUUUCCUCCAGUAUACGCAAUGGUCAAAUUGGCCUACCUCAGUGAUUUUUCACUACAUGUUAAAUCCACUGUCAUCAGCUGAUUUCUUUCUUUUCCCCUCCCAUUCACUUCAAUAAAUCCCUUUUAUAUA